AUGUACAAGACGACAGCUCCAUCUGCCAGCUUCAACAAAUGCGCACCCCGUAGCACGGCGCCUACGGUCGUCUUGUUCUCUCCGUCGAAGGAAUACAUAGAACAAGAAGAAUUGGACGUCGAGCUGCUACCACCAGAACAAGUAAAGCUGGAGAUUACCGAUCGUGCUGCUGAGCAAUUGAUGAAGAUUGCUGAGAGGCAACAAAACUCGGAGGCAGCACUCAGAAUUGCCGUCGAGUCUGGAGGAUGUCACGGAUACCAAUAUAAGAUGGCACUCGCGACGAGUCGUUCACCGGAUGAUUAUCACUUCAGUCAUCCCAGCAUAAAGCCUUCCAAUAUCCUAGUCGACGCCGUCUCUCUAUCCCUCCUCAAUGGCUCUACAAUUGACUUCUCGACGGAACUUAUUGGGAGCAGUUUCCGAGUCGCACAUAACCCACAAGCGAAAGGAAGUGGAUGCGGCUGUGGUGUGAGUUGGGAGUUGAAGGAGUGA